UAUUUACAAAAUUUUCCCAGAGGCGUGAGAAGUCUACCUUUCUUACGGUUUUAAAAAUUGAUGAGUGGUCCUAGAUUUAUUUAUUAUUAAAUAGCCUAUGCAAAAUUAUUUUUUAAAAUGAGUAGCUUUGAAUUACAGUAUAGUGUUGUGUGCAAUGGUAAAAUUCCUGUAUCAAAGUAUCGUUCCAAAGAUACUGGCUUAACAGUGUGCAUAGCCGAAGUUGAAGGUCCAAUCAUAAAUGGAUAUUUUUGUCUAGCCACUGAGGCACACGAUGAUGAUGGACUUCCACACACCCUGGAACAUCUUGUUUUUCUUGGAAGUGAAGACUAUCCUUAUAAGGGAAUAUUGGACCAGUUUGCCAACAGAUGCCUGGCCUCAGGAACCAAUGCUUGGACAGAGACAGAUCACACCUGCUACACUAUGACAAAUGCCGGAGAUGUUGGAUUCCUUACACUGCUGCCCAUAUACAUGGACCACAUUCUCUACCCAACCUUGACUGAGUCUGGUUUUUUGACUGAAGUUCACCACAUUGAUGGCAAUGGUGAAGAUGCUGGCAUAGUCUACUGUGAGAUGCAGGCCAGAGAAAACAGUGGUGAGAGCAGGACAAACCGUGCCCUGCUCAGGGGACUGUACCCACCAGAGUGUGGAUACAGGUAUGAGACUGGGGGCAUCAUGAAGAACCUACGGGAGAGCACAUCCCAUGAUAAGGUGAAACGGUAUCACCAGGAGUUUUACCGGCCUGACAACCUGUGCCUUAUCAUUUGCGGUAUGGUCAGUGCUCAGGAUGUUUUUAAAGCAUUGGAACCAAUGGAGAAGAAAAUUAUCAGCAAGGGACCAAGGAAAGCAUUCAACAGACCUUGGGAAGACCCUAUUCCUCCACUUACAGAAAGUAGCAAAGAAACUGUUCUUUACCCAUCUGAAGAUGAUGAAUAUGGAAUGGUUCAUAUAGGGUUUAGGGGCCCUCCCUCUAAAGAAUUGUAUGAACACCUGUGCUUAAGUGUACUGACAGAUUAUCUAGACGGAUCAGCUAUUUCACCUAUACAACGUGAUAUGGUAGAAAUCCAUCGACCUUUUGCUGGGGAUGUGGAUUUUAACAUUAUAGAAAAUUCUAUAUUGGCUGUGUAUAUCACUUUUCAAAAUGCUGAAAUCCCAAAGCUGGAAGCUAUUGAAUCAAAAUUUAUGAGCAUCCUCAAGAAAAUAGCCAGUGGAGAGGAACAGAUUGAUAUGAAGAGAAUGGCAGCCGUGAUUCAUAGGAGAAAACUUGAUGCAUUGAGCAGUCUGGAGUAUGUGCCCAGUGACUCCAUUGCAUUUUUCAUCAUUGGACAUUUUCUAUAUGGGGAUGAUGAAACUGAUCUGUCAAACAGGUUGAACACUGUUGACUUGUGUAAUAAAAUGCAGGAUGAGCCAGUGGAGUACUGGGUGAAUUUGCUGAAAAAAUAUUUCUUGAACACACCCACUGUCACUAUCAUAGGCAAGCCAAGUAUUGACCUAGCAGCUGAUAUGGGGGCUGAAGAAGAAGAUAGACUGGGGCACCAGAAAGCUGAGCUGGGACCAGAAGGCUUGGCUGCUUGCAAGAUGAGGAUAGAGAAGGCUGAAGAUGAGAACUCUAAAAAGCCUCCGAGUGAGUUCCAUGCCAAGAUCCACCCCCCUAGCACAGACAGCAUCAAGCUCCACACCAUCUACCCCAGUACUAACAUUGAGAGCCACCCCAACAGUGACAGCAACCCACUCUUCCAGCUUUCUUCUCUCCCCUUCAGGUUCAUGCUGGAUGACUUGCACACCAAUUUUAUUGAGUUAAAUGUUUUACUAGACACAAGCAAAAUCCCUCAACACUUGAAGUAUUACCUACCCUUAUUUGCAGACACAUUACAUGAAAUGUCAGUGGUUGUCAAUGGAGUGCUGAAGCCGUAUGAGGAAGUCGUAGCACUACUUGAGGAAGAUACAGUCCAUGUUGGGGCUGGUCUUGGCUUUCCUUCAGGGAAUAACUUUCGUACUGGGGCUUUCCCUCAGCUCUUUACACUCACUAUCAGGGCAGAGGAAUGUAAAUACAAGAGAGCAGUAGAAUGGGCUAAAGACCUCUUAUACAAUGUUUCCUUUACAGCGGAUAGAGUUAAGAUCAUAGCCCAGAAGAGGCUCAGCCUCACUGCCACAGCCAAGAGGAGUGGCACAAAGGUCAUGAGGACACUCAUGAGAGAGCUCUGCUUUUUACCUGAGAGUAAUUUGCGUGUUAUUUCAAUGUUACGGCAAGCUAAUUUUUUGGCUUCAAUUAUUAAACAGCUGGGCAAGGAUCCAACACCAAUCCUAGAAAACUUAGUGGAGAUCCAGAAGAUUCUGACCAGGCCUGAGAACGUACAAGUCCACCUUGCCUGUAAUGUUAAGAGACUGCAUCAGACAGAGCCGCCCAUAAAGCCAUGGCUAAAUUUUCUACCUGUGAAUGAAAUCCAGAGACCAAUAAGCACCAGCAUCAUGACAUCCUCCCAGCUGUCCAUCCCCCUCUCUGACGUCAGCAGCUGUCACUGCAUCAUUGGGAUGAAGGAGCUGGAGUCCUCCUACAUGAUCCAGGCUGUCCCUUGCCUGACAGACUGGCAACAUGAGGACUACCCGCCCCUCAUGGUGCUGCUGCAGUACCUCACGCAGUGUGAGGGUCCAAUGUGGCGCAGGCUCCGGGGUCUGGGGCUUUGUUACAAUUACAGCAUGUAUGUGGAUAUAGAAUGUGGAUUACUGUUUUUUCUACUGACUAAAGCAACAUAUAUCCAAGACCCAUACAAGGAGGCAAAAGCCAUUGUGCACGAGUUUUUAACUGGCCAGCAGAACUUCACCCAGAGGGAGCUGGAGGCAGCACAGUCCAGCCUGAUAUUUGAACUGGUGGAGGAGCAGAAAACUGUUCUCAAAAGUUCUGAACAGUCCCUCCUCACUUACUUCCAGAAUGUUCCACACUCCUUUAACAAGGACAUGUUGAAACUUGUCUCCAAAGUGACGCUAGAAGACUUACAGAGAGUGGGAGAGAGCUAUGUGCUCCCCCUCUUUGAUACAGCCAAAACCAGAUGUGUCAUGUGUGUUAGUCCACCCAAGGUCAAGCUGACACAGGAAGCCUUUUUGGAAAAACAUGGCAUGCAGCUGAAGGAAGUGCAAUUGGAGGAUAAAGAUCUGACCACCCUUUGACCAGUUGAUCACCAAUAAUGGAUAGGAUUUAGGGAACAUCUGUUUUUCUUUUGUUUCUUUCUUUUUUUUUUAUUAAACAAGUGCCUCUAAAAUGGUAAAAUGUUUACUUUUAUGCAAACAUGUCUUUAAAACUGUUCGCUAUAGAAUCUAAUGAAAUUAUGUUUUAUAUUGAAAUUUUUUAUUUCAUACUCUAUUUAAAUUUUUAAAGUAAAAGCUUUAUAAUCAUUCGAUUUUGCACUAGCUUUAGCUAAAUGUGUUUUUUUUUAAAAUGUUGGCACAACAAUAAUUUAAGAUCAGAAGUCUUGUUAAACAUAUAGAAAAACAAAUUUAAUUACAGUUUAGUGUUUUAUGCUACAACUGUUCAACAUUCUAGACUACUCUUAUAUGUAGUUAAACAAAAAUUAGUCAAAAUGAUGUGUAUAUGUGAGAAUUUACUGAUAUUUUAGUGAAAUACUUCCUCCACGUUGUACAGUGAUUCAAUAUGAUCUGUAAAUAUACAAGCACAUUUAACAUUCUACAAAUUUACGGAGUGAAUGUUGAGUGACAGGUAGAACCUCUGGGAAAAUACAAAAAUAAAAUGCUUUAAUGAAAUACCGCA